CAGCUAUUAAUGGCCGAAGCAAUUCUCAGUCUGAGCCCCCAUAAUGGCUGGUCGUCAAGGCUCAAAUUUGUAGACAAGAGACGAGCUCACUGGAUCUUGCAGCUUCUCGGGUCUGGACUGGCUUUGGCCGGUUGCUUCAUCAAGAUCCUCGACAAGAAUAUCCAUUGGGAUACUUUGCAUGGACAGUUUGCACUGGUGUCCAUGGUGUUUACAACAGUGUCGCUAGUAAACGGCCUCACUUCGCUCUACGCUUACGAGCUCAGCAAGUUCCGCUUGUCACCCAGCCUCUCCAAGCUCACCCACAUCAGCUUCGGCACCGUGGGUUUCGCCGCUGCUUCCAUCUCCCUCUGCUACGGCUAUGACAAAGCCCAGUUUAGGACCUGGGCAUCUGACAAUUUUACCACAGCGAUGAUCAGUUUUGCUGCCGCUUUAACCUUUAUUAUCAUCAUCAACCCGUUCAUUACCUUCUUUAAUAAAAGUCGAGGAUUAUUUAAAAAUAAUUAAU